CUUCAGUUUUCUUCAGUUUUCUGAUCAAGACCUAUAGUGGGAGAUCCUCCAUCAAAAAAGAGGUUGAAGGUAAUUUAGGAUUGCAGUUCUUGAUCUGUGAGAUCUCACAUUGAAAAGAGUUUGAAAAAAAUUUAGGUUUGCCGUUCUUGAUCUUUGAGAUAUUACAUUAAAAGAGUGAAGAUAUAUUUUAUAUUGUAGUUUUGAUCCGUGAUAUCUCACAUUGAAAAGAGUUUGAAGAUCAUUUGGGACUGCAGUCUCCUUGAAAAGAAUUUGAAGAUAAUGUAGGACUGCAGUUCUUAGUACAUAAGAUCCUACAUCAAGACGAGUCUGAAGCUAAUUUAGAACUGUAGUUCUUGAUUCAUUAGAUUGCUCGAUCUCAUAGACAUCAUUAGAAUCUUUCAUCCAUCCAUAUUGAGAUAACAAUGGCCAUGAGCAAUCUUGGAAGCUGCCCAGAGAAGCUAGUGGAAGAUGUAUGGGCAGUUCUAAUGCAAGGCCAGGAAAAACCUGCAGAAGAGAAUAAUGGGUACUCAGAGGACAUGAUUCUGUACAGUAUUCUCCAAGAAGCUCUAGCGGCGCCUGUAGUGGAAAAGACUAUGGAGAUUAAACAGCCAGUAGGAUGUCUGCAGCAGCCUCCUCCUAUUAAACAUUACAGAGGAGUCCGAAGGCGGCCAUGGGGGAAAUUUGCAGCAGAGAUAAGGGAUUCUGGAAGAAAAGGAGCGAGGGUGUGGCUUGGAACUUUCAGUACUGCUGAGGAGGCCGCCAUGGCUUAUGAUAAAGCUGCUCUGCUCAUGCGGGGGACUCGAGCUUUACUCAACUUUCCUACCCAUAUUGUGAUGCAGGCCUUGAGACAAAAUGAUUAUGCUUUCUCCAACAAGCUCAGUGCUUCUAGAAGACGUUAUAUGAAUUGCUUGGGACCCAAUGCUGUUAAUCCUUCUCUAUCUUUCAGUCCUGCUCCCCCAGUACUGAAUAAGAAGAGACCCAGAGAUUCAUCAGAACUGGAGCAGGUGGGUCCAUUACAACAUAGUAGGCUGGAUGAUUCUCAGUUUUUUCUGAAUCAGAGCUCAGGUUUACAGCCAUUGGUAGAGCUUCAACACAAUGGUUCUGAUUGCCUGGAAGAACUGCUUGGAAUGUCUUCACAAAUUGAAUGUUUACCUCCAUUGCUUGAUACCUCAUUAUUUGAGGACCUUCUACAAUAAUAGUGUAGGUUUCAAUGUUCAUAUUUUCACAAUCUAUAAGAUUGUCA